AUGGUGAACAAACAGGCCAGAUAUCUGUUUCAUACCUGCUUUCGGCAGAUAUCCGACCUUCACCUGAGCAUGUUUCAUGACCCAGGCAGAGCUGCAGACUUAGAAAAGUUCUGUUCUGAAACUGUUGACAUCAUUCAACCAGCUCUCGUCCUAGCAACAGGGGAUCUGACAGAUGCCAAAACAAAGGACCUGUUGGGAUCUAUGCAGCAGAAGGUAGAAUGGCAAACUUACCACAGUAUCCUGAAGAAGACAAGGGUCAUGGAAAAAACCAAGUGGCUGGAUGUCAAAGGAAAUCAUGAUUCAUUCAAUGUUCCAAGUCUGGAGAGCAUCGAGAAUUAUUACAGGAAAUAUUCUGCCAUACGUACGGAUGGCUCUUUCCGUUAUGUUCACAGUACUCCCUUUGGAAACUAUUCUUUCAUCUCUUUGGAUGCCACCCUAAACCCAGGGCCCAAGAGGCCCUAUAAUUUCUUUGGAAUUUUAGAUGAGAAACAGAUGGAGGAGCUUUUAUUAUUGUCAAAGGAAAGUAAUCAGAGCAACCACACUAUUUGGUUUGGACACUAUACCACAUUUACUAUUCUUUCUCCAUCACCAGGAGUUCGGUCAAUAAUGAGUUCAGCUAUAGCUUAUUUGUGUGGGCACCUCCAUACACUUGGUGGACUGAUGCCUGUUUUGCACACUCGUCACUACCAGGGCACUUUGGAACUUGAGGUGGGAGACUGGAAGAACAACAGAAGUUUCAGAGUCUUGGCCUUUUCCUCCUCCUCCAUUACUUCUGUCACAGUUAAGAUUGAUGGAGUUCAUUUGGGGGAAGCUACUCAUUUGUCUGGUCCUAUUUUCACACUGAAGUGGAACCCAAGAAACUACAUUAAUAGUACACAUAAUAUAGAAGUAAUUGUCCAGGAUUCUGCUGGGAGAAGUAAGAGUGUUCACCACAUAUUUUCUCUUGAAGAGGAUAAUCAGCUCAGAUUUGACCCUCUAGCAUCUUUUAUUCUUCUUACAGAUCACUGCAUGGUGGCCCGGGUCCUUUUUGUGCUGAUUGUGCUGAUCCAGCUCUUCAUUCUCAUUAUUUAUAGGCAUCAGCGAUAUCUAGAGCUUAAAGGACCUCCAGGAUUUAUAAAUUUGACCUCAUUUUCCCUUCAUGUCUUGAGCAAAAUAAACAUCUUCUACUAUUCUGUCUUGUUCCUGACUCUAUAUACAGUGCUGGGACCAUGGUUCAUUGGUGAAAUUACUAAAGGCAAAAUGGGUUGCUGCUUUUCCUUUGGGAUCUUUGUUGAUGGGCGUUUCCUACAAGGCAGUUUAACAUUUGUGGUUGGAAUUCUCCAGUUGGCAUUUUUUAACAUCCCCUUGAUGGCUUACCUGUGUUGGAGCUUGCUGCAGCGGUGCUAUGGUCACAACUUCAGGUCUCAUCUCCGUCAAGGAAAAUACUUGAAAAUUAUUCCUGUUUACUUUUUUGUGCUACUGCUAUACAUCUGGCAGAUUUAUGCCUGCUACUUUCUUCAGAGGGCGUAUGGCACCCUAGCUUUUUUCUUCUCCCCUUUGCGGACCUGGUUGACACUGUUGACACCUGUUCUCAUUCAUCGUGUAUGGACACUGAACUCCAAGGAGCUUGUCACCUUUACAGUGCAGUUAAAAAGCCACCUGAGCUCCUGAAGGGCCAUGUCUCACCAUCUACCUCUGUCGCCCAGGCCUCUGCCCCAGCAGCAGGUGGAAGGCCAAUCCUGGUGGGCAAGCUUCAGGGAGCCGCUGCUCCUUGGCUGCCUAGAGGUUGGGUGAUUACCCACUACUGAUUCCUGCAGAAUGGACUUGCAGAGGAGUCUCUAAAUGAUGCUAUGAUUCCUUCCUUCCCCAAGAAGGCCAAGGGUUGAUUUACUUCUGUGAAGGGUAGAGGACGGGCUGGGUGUGUAUGGGCGUAUCUGAGGCCCAGUGUGUUUUUAGGGCUAACUCAUGUAAAGUACCGAGCACAGUCUGGAACUCAGCAUCAAGGGUGCCACUUGAGAGUCGGAGAACCAGUGUGAACUUGGGCCUGACCCUGACUACCCUGGCACUAUUAGCUCUCGGUCUGCUUUAAGGGCAGGCUGGGGCCUCUGCUUCUUCAAUGGGGGAGGAGGAGUUUCAAUCAAUCAAAUACAGUAAAUGAAUGACAAUAGGAAAUAACUCGUCCCAGCCCGUGUGGCUCAGUUGGUUAUCCUGUGCACCAAGAAGUCCUGGGUUGAAUUCCCCGUUAGGCACAUGCCCGGGUUGCAGACUCUGUCUCCAG